AUGGAGCCGGCGGGGUGGCAGCAGCGACUGGCGCUGUGCGAGCGCGUGCCCAAGGUGGAGCUGCACGCGCACCUCAACGGCUCCAUUCGCCACUCCACCAUCAGGGAGUUGGCGGAGAACCGCGAGGCGGAGGCGCCGCUGCUGGCGGAGGACGCACGACGCCUCACCAACACAGCGGAGCGCAGUCUAGCGGAGUGCUUCAAGCUGUUCGCGGUGAUCCACAGCCUCACCACCGACCAUGCCACCAUCACCCGCAUCACACGCGAGGUGGUGGAGGACUUUGCAGCCGACAACGUGAGUUACCUGGAGCUGCGCACCACGCCCAAGAGCAACCCGAGUGGGGGCAUGACGAAGCAGUCAUACGUGCAGGCCGUGCUGGCAGGGCUGCACCCCUUGAUGCACGCCGAGGCUGCGUGGCUCCAUGCACGCACCGCACACCAAGCCCCCCCCAGCAGUGCAGUGCCCAUGGUGGUGCGCCUGGUGCUGUCCAUUGACCGCAGAGAGACCACUCAGAAUGCCAUGGACACCGUGCAUCUGGCAGUGCAGCUGCGCGGGCAAGGAGUGGUGGGCAUCGACCUCUCUGGCAACCCUUCCAUCGGCCAAUGGUCCACGUUCCUCCCCGCGCUGCACCUCGCUCGCUCCCAUGGCCUUCCCAUCACCGUCCACUUCGCAGAGGUGCCCAACGAGAGGGAGUCACAGGCAGUGCUGGACUUCGCACCGGACCGACUAGGCCAUGCCUGCUGCCUCCCCGCCCACCUCCAACAAGCCCUGCUGCACUCUCGCAUCCCGGUGGAGCUAUGCCUCACUUCCAACGUGCGCACAGAGAGUGUCACGGCGUAUGGCAACCACCACUUUGACUACCUGUAUCGCGCAUCUCACCCCGUUGUGAUAUGCACUGACGAUUCGGGUGUCUUCAGCACCACGCUCUCACGGGAAUAUGCACUCGCAGCAGCUGCAUUCGACCUAUCCGACGACCACGUCAUCGAGCUUGCACGUAAAUCAAUAGACUUCGCAUUCUUGCCCAGUGAAACAAAAGCGCUUUUGCACGAAAUCUUUCAACAGAAGUUCGCCCUUCCCUGUGCCACAUGA